AUGUCUCACUUGAGAGCCAUAUCUGAGCUCAUCUAACUUAAUAUUGAGGAAAUGGAAAAGAACUAUCAGUCAGUAGAGUAUAAGGUAUAUGGAGAUGAGGAGUUUGCUUUUGAGAUGGGUGAAUAUCUUACAGAGAAGCUACUAUUGAUUGGCUAUUUAUAUUGCCAUUAUGGGGAUCCAGAGUAGCAUUAAUCUGACCUAUGGCUACUGGUGAAUCCAGCUUGUAAUGAAACUGUACCUAAAACUAAGAUAAGACAGCUAGCCAAAGAUCUAAUGCAUAUUUCUGUUACAUAGAGAAGAAGAAUAAUUAAGGAUUAAGAUAUCCAAAAUGAUUAAUCAGAGGCAUAUUUGAAAGACUGUGAGAAGCUUAUGGAAUCAGCAUUAGAUAGAUUAAUUAGCUGCUUUGGAGAUAAGGAGGAUAUAGAUAGAACGCUCUUCAUAGAUGUCAUGGGAAAAUAUUUCUUGAGAACAUAUUUAAUCAGGACUUAUAUACAACUUAGAGAUUUCGAAAAUUUAUAACAUUUGCCUUAAAAUCCAGAUAAGAAAACAGAUUUAGUAAGAAACGAAUCUGAACAUUAAUAAAACUGA